GGCACCAGAGUGGGCAACCACUGCUACUAAAAAAGCUUUCUUUCAGCAUCGUACUCAUCUUCAUAUUGCUGGUUGAUGUGCUUGAGCCUGGGUGAAUGUCGUGCUGCCUCUGCGCCUCUGAAGACGCCAUCGACGAAGCAAGGUGUUCAUCCUGUGGAAACCAAGAUAUGGCUUCCAAUCAUCAUUCGCAAUCAAUUUUCUCGGCCGUGCUUUGCAGCUUCGGCAACUGUUUGCAACUGAAUAUUGCGUAUGCUUUCAAACCUGAAGAGGUUCUUGUCAAGCUCACUGAAUUCAAUAGAAGGUUGGAGGCUAGGAGUGAUGACAUAAAACUAAUGAUCAGUAUGGCUGGGAGCAAACAACAAACCUGUAAGCAUGAAGUGCUAGAUUGGCUUCAAACAGUUGAGCUGGCCCGAACUGAAGUUGAUGCAAUACUGCAAGAUUAUAGCAAAAGAUCCAAACACCUGAUCUCAAAUUUCAACAUCAGCAGGAGAGCCUCUGACAAACUGGAGGAAUUGGUUGACCUGUAUGACAGAGGUUCUUUUGAAGUUGUAUCUGUUGAUGGACCUCUACCUUCCAUUGAGGAGAAGCCUAUCAGGGAAAAAUUGGUUGGAAUGCAUUUAAAUGUGAUGAAAGUUCUGAGCUAUCUACUUGAUGCAAAAAUCAGGUUAAUUGGCAUAUGGGGCAUGGGGGGAGUAGGAAAGACAAUCUUCUUGAAGGUCAUCAAUAACCAGUUUCUUGGUGUUGUUGACAAUAUGCCCUUUGAUCAUAUUAUGUGUGUUGCAGCAGCCAGGGGUUGCGUCCUGGAAAAUCUUCAGAUGAACAUAGCAGAGAAGCUGGGAUUGCUCUCGAAGCAGGGAGAUAGCAUAGAAUCUCGUGCCGCAACCAUCUUCAACCAUCUGAAGAACAAGAACUUUUUGCUGCUCCUGGAUGACCUUUGGGAGCACGUUGAUCUUCUAGAGGUUGGCAUUCCACCUCCAAAUGAAUCGAAGAUCCAGAAAGUAGUCUUUGCUACUCGCUCUGAGGAAAUUUGUUGUGUGAUGGAAGCCGAUAAAAGAAUCAAACUGGAAUGUUUGCAGCCUGAUGAGGCAUGGGAGCUGUUCAAAUACAGUGCUACAGAAGAAACAAUAUGUGCAGAUAUGCCGAUAGAAAAUGUCGCGAAAAGAGUUUGUGCAAAAUGCCGUGGUUUGCCUUUGGCACUAAUCACUGUUGGGAGGUCCAUGCGUGCAAAGAGAACGUGGCGCGAGUGGGAGAAUGCCCUGUCAACUUUUGAUGAGAGCACUCAGCUUUUGGAAGCUUCAGAGAUGAAGGUCAUUAACCCUAUUCUGAGCACCCUGAGGAUUUCCUAUGACAAUUUGGAGAAUGAUCAGCUGAAAGAAUGUUUUCUGGUUUGCUUGCUAUGGCCUGAAGGCUAUUCAAUUUGGACAGUUGAUCUUGUGAAUUGUUGGAUUGGUUUGGGUCUCGUCCCUGUCGGUAGAACAAUCAAUGAUAGCCAUAACAUUGGAUUAUCACGAAUUGAGAAGUUGAAAAGAUUGUGCUUACUGGAGGAAGGUGAUAUCAAACAAUCAGAGGUACGACUCCAUGAUAUUAUCCGUGAUAUGGCCCUCUGGAUUGCCUCGGACUAUAAGGGCAAGAAGGAUAGCUGGCUACUGAAGGCUGGGCACCGAUUAAGAAAUGUGUUAAGCUGUGAAGUUGAUUUCAAGAGAUGGAAGGGUGCCACAAGAAUAUCACUGAUGUGCAACUUCUUAGAUUCUCUGCCAUCAGAGCCGAUCAGUUCUGACCUAUCUGUGUUAGUUCUGCAGCAAAAUUUCCAUUUAAAGGAUAUCCCACCAUCCCUUUGUGCAAGCAUGGCUGCUCUCAGGUAUUUGGACCUUAGCUGGACACAGAUUGAACAGCUGCCCAGAGAAGUUUGUUCAUUAGUAAACCUUCAGUGCUUAAACCUUGCUGAUUCACACAUAGCAUGUCUGCCGGAAAAUUUCGGUGACCUGAAGAACUUACGGUUCUUGAACCUCAGCUACACUAACCAUCUUAGGAACAUACCCAGUGGUGUUAUAUCUAGUCUGUCCAUGCUGAAAAUAUUGUACUUAUACCAGAGUAAGUACUCAGGCUUUGAAUUGGAGUUGAGCAAAAACAUUACGGGCAGAAAUGAUGAAUUCAGUUUAGGAGAGCUGAGAUGCUUUCACACAGGGCUAUCCCUGGGUAUUACUGUGAGAAGUGUUGGUGCUCUUCGCACACUAUCGCUGCUUCCUGAUGCCUACGUACACCUUCUUGGCGUAGAACAACUGGAAGGGGAGUCCACUGUGAGCCUGAAGCUGCAGAGUACCGUCACGGUGGUAAACUUCAGGAUGUGCCUCGGUGUAGAAGAAUUGUCAAUCGAACUUGACAAUGGCCAAGAUCCAGAGAAAUCCAUUCCGCAGUUGGAGUACCUCACCUUCUGGCGCUUGCCCAAGUUGUCUUCCGUGAAGAUUGGUGUGGAGCUCCUCUACAUCCGAAUGCUAUGUAUCGUUGAGAACAAUGGGCUUGGCGACAUCACCUGGGUGCUCAAACUUCCGCAGCUGGAGCAUCUUGAUCUGUCAUUCUGCAGCAAGCUUAACUCGGUCUUAGCCAACGCAGAAAAUGGAGAGAGAAGAGAUGCCAGCAGAGUCCAUUGCCUGUCAAGACUCAGGAUAUUACAGUUAAACCACCUGCCGAGCUUGGAAUCAAUCUGCACAUUUAAGCUGGUCUGCCCUUGUUUGGAAUACAUAGAUGUGUUUGGCUGCCCAUUGCUGAAGGAGCUCCCGUUCCAGUUCCAGCCAGACAACGGUGGCUUUGCUCGGUUGAAGCAGAUCCGUGGAGAAGAACAAUGGUGGAACAGUCUGCGGUGGGACGGUGAUGCCACCCGUAAUAUGUUGUUGCCAUUUUACAAGGUGUUUGACAAGAACCUAGAGACUUUUGAGCCAGCUCUUGGCACCAAUCCGUUCGUCCAAGCUUCAGGGUCAUUCUUCGCACAUCGCAAACCAAUGAUGAGGACGGCUAUUCAGUUCUCGUCAUAUCUCUCGCUGCUCUUUGGAGCACAGGUGGCAUCGACCAAUUAACAGUUUUGUCAGGUGAAUUUCGCUGGGCAAGCAUAUGCUCACUUACCAAGGCCAAUAUAUGGACCACAUUGGCCCAAAGAGGCAAAGAGCAAGCUUUCAAGGGCCGGUUUAGACAGAAGAAAUUUGAAGGAUCAGAGUGACGCCGAGAUAGAACAUGAAGGAUGAAGUUGGCUAUUAUCCCAAAAGAUUUUUUUAGUGAUUUAGACUAGAAAGUGAAUGAAAUUGAAAGUGUACCCCUAAUAAUACUAUAACCUGAGGACGGGAGCCGUCGGAGGUGUUCAGUGCGAAAUCAGCCUAGGUACAAGCGCUUCUGUUUCAUUGGUCACGUUCCGUUUGCAGGUUUCAAGCCGAUCUGGAGGUUUAAUUGGUGUGGCUAGUGCUCAACAAUCGCUGCUGAAAGCAGUUAAGGUAUGCGCAAGAGGGGAGUCCAGAACUUCUGGAGUAACUGGGCGGUCCUUGUUACGGUCACAAAAUAUGUUUGGAGAAUAGCUGCUAUAUAUGUCUCUGUUUUUUUUUUUUUUUUUGGAUCGAUCUGCUGUUUUCGCAAGCGGAUGGUGUAAAAAUCUGCUGCUUUUGCACAUUCCUCGAAAAGGGAAAGUUGAAGUGUCUAUUUCUUUUA